AUGAGACUGGCUUCACGGUGGUGCCUUGUGCUGCAGUUGCUCCAUGCAGUGAACGGAAGCUGCCUGUGUACUCCAUUCCUCCCCCAUCUUGGCUAUCAUGAGUGGGCAGCAGAAGAGAAGGUGUGGGGGGGGCGGAGCCAGCAGAGGGGUGUGGUUGAGGGAUUUCUCACAGUGUUUGUGCGACAGACCGGAGAUGAGCUGGAGAUGGAGUUUGAGCUGAGGGACCGGAAGGAGAAGCCAAAAGACUAUCGCACAAACGGGAUCUUGAUGGUGAGUCUGCUGGUUCUCUUUGGUUCUCAGAACAUAAGAACCAUGUGUCUGGUUCUUGUGUUGUCGUCUCAGGCUCCUCCUUUGUCCCAGAUGAACGUCAAAGUGAAGAACCUCUCUCAGAACUCUGGCCUCCUUAGCAGAACUCCUCGUUUGGUGUUGCCUGGACCGUAUGAGAAAGACCAUGUGGUGAAGGACCAGGAGUGGCUGAAGUUUCACGUGAAUAGUGACCUGCACUGCGACCUGGGUCUUGAGGAAGUAGAACUCAAACCUGAUCAGGACAAUCAGGAAGUGCUGCAGUCGUCUGUCCACCUGAAGCCCCUCCCCCCUCGCCACUCUGCACAAGUGUCCCUCAUCUCGAGCAAGGCCAAACUGGAUCUGUCCCUGAAUGCCCACGAGAGGUCUAAGCAGGACCUGGAAGUGCGUCUGUCUCUGGACCUCUGUUCUCAGGAGAAGGACUUCCUGCUGAAGAGGAGGGCGACUGUGGCUCGACAGCUCCAGUCUGUGCUGGGUCUGAAGACUAAGCCCUCACUGAACCAGGUGAUGCCAAUCAUCCCAAACUACCUGUACCAGCUGGACAUCAGAGAGACUGCUGGUCCCAACACCAGCUCUCCCGUCUUCCAGAACAUUGUGUCUCUGUAUGACAACUCGGUCAUACCGUCCACCAACGUGACCCAGACCCCAACCCAGACCCAGACCCAGACCCAGACCCAGACCCAGACCCAGACCCAGACCCAGACCCAGACCCAGACCCUGGCCCCGACCGGACCAUCUGGGAGCCCCUCCAACUGUUCAAGCUCCAGCCUCGUCAACGAGAACGUCAAAGUGGGACUACUCUUCGCCUCCAAAGCCGCAAUGCAGCUUAUUACCAAUCCCUUCAUCGGACCAUUAACCAACAGGAUCGGGUACCAGAUCCCAAUCUUCGCUGGUUUCUGCAUCAUGUUCCUGUCCACUAUCAUGUUUGCCUUCUCCUCCAGUUACUUUCUUCUGUUUGUGGCUCGCUCGAUGCAAGGGAUCGGCUCGUCAUGUUCAUCAGUCGCAGGGAUGGGGAUGCUGGCCAGUGUGUACACUGACGAUGAGGAAAGAGGUCACGCCAUCGGCAUCGCUCUGGGAGGUCUGGCUCUGGGCGUCCUGGUGGGUCCUCCCUUCGGCAGUGUUAUGUAUGAGUUCGUGGGGAAAACUGCUCCGUUCCUGAUCUUGGCUUUUAUUGCUCUGUUUGACGGAGCUCUGCAGCUCUUUGUUCUGGAACCGACCAAAGUGGAGCCAGAGAGUCAGAAGGGGACUCCUCUGCUCACACUGAUGAAGGACCCCUACAUCAUCAUUGCUGCAGGAACCAUCUGCUUUGGGAACAUGGGCAUCGCUAUGUUGGAGCCCACCCUGCCCAUCUGGAUGAUGGAGACCAUGUGUGCACACAAGUGGCAACUGGGUGUGGCUUUUCUUCCUGCCUCCAUCUCGUAUCUCAUCGGCACCAACAUCUUUGGAACCAUGGCUCACCGCAUCGGCAGGUGGCUGUGUGCAAUGAUCGGGAUGGUGCUGGUGGGAGUCAGUAUCCUCUGUGUGCCAUUUGCCUCUAACAUCUAUGGUCUCAUCCUCCCGAACUUUGGAGCUGGAUUCGCCAUUGGGAUGGUGGACUCGUCCAUGAUGCCGAUCAUGGGAUACCUGGUGGACCUGCGGCACGUGUCGGUCUACGGCAGCGUCUACGCCAUCGCGGACGUGGCCUUCUGCAUGGGCUUCGCUCUGGGUCCUUCUAUUGGUGGUUCUAUCGCGGCGUCUAUCGGGUUCCCGUGGCUCAUGAGGAUCAUUGGUUUGGUGGACAUCCUGUUUGCUCCUCUCUGCUGGUUCCUGCGGAGUCCACCAGGAAACGAGGAGAAGAUUGCCAUCCUGAUGGACUCAAACUGCAGCAUGAAGACCCGGAGUUACUCCACGCAGGAGCCGUACCGGAGCCAGGACCCCGACCUGGACCCGGACCAGGACUAUGACGACGAGGACUACGAUUAA